UGAAGGAGAAGGUCGAAUUUUAUUCGAUAGAACAGGCCUCUCACGACGUGGUAGCUGGAAGGAUAGCUGAAGCAGUCAAGCAGAACGGUCCUUUUGUUGGUGGGAUACAGUUAAUUCAAACUUCGAAUUCUGAGUUGACGUUCCCUGCAGCGUUCAUUGUCUUCAUCAAUUGGUGGUCACGUCCUUUCCCUUGGCCUAUGGACGAAGCUCUGAUUGGUCCACUAGUCGAGACAGGAUGUGAAAUGUUCAGCUCUGGGGGUGCAGGAUAUGACUUUGUCAGUUCCAGAUGAUCAUCCGAUACUCCGAACUCCGAGGUUCUGGUUCUCAUUCUUUCACUCUACUUCAGGUCGACAUCAAGUACAUGACAGCUAAAGGCGUGUACUACGCCAACACACCAAAGAUGCCUGCACUUCGGACUGCAGAUAGCACUGCGAUGAUGAUAUUACAAGCUCUUCGUGGAUCAUCUGAACGCGAAGCCGAUGCUCGUGCAGGGAAAUGGUUGGAUCCGUCGAAACCCCUGGCAAAAGACGCUAGGUGCUCGACGUUAGGGAUCGUUGGGAUGGGUAAUAUCGGGAAACUUGUUUCCGGACAUAUGCAGCAUUUUGGUAUGAAAGUCGUAUAUUACAAUCGGAAUCGCCUACCACCAUAUGAGGAGAACGGAGCGGAAUUCGUUUCGUUCGAGGAGUUACUGGUGCGCUCGGACGUCAUAUCGCUGCAUUGUCCAUUGAACGAGGGCACACGACAUCUAUUCAAUAAGCAAGUAUUCGACAGAAUGAAAGAUGACAUGAUCAUCGUGAACACGUCCAGAGGAGCUGUGAUAGACGAAGACGCGCUCGUUGAGGCACUGAACUCUGGAAAAGUUCUUCGCGCUGCUCUGGACGUAUACGAGUUUGAACCGAAAAUUCACCCCGGACUCAUUGCUUCGCCGCGUACAACGCUCCUUCCUCAUGCCGCAGUGGCCAACGAGACAUUUGAAAAAGAUCAGCAAAUGGAGAUUUUGCUCAAUCUGGAGACAUUUAUCAGGACUGGGAAGCCUGUGAACGCUGUCAAUGAAAUGUAAUCACGGCGAGAGAUGCGCCUGUUGCAAUUCUGCAGGCGACGUUUACAUAGGCUUGUGUUUACGUUUCUUGCGCGUAGAAGGUAAGGUGCUAGGCAGAAUAACUUCGAAAAGGUAACUCGAUGGAAUUAUGUGUUGGAUUGCGAGGUCCUUCCGAAUGAUAUAUGUUCGUUUUCAUUCGGAGCAUAACCUUGUCUACUUGUUGUCUACGUAUGUAACUUUGUCCACUAGUUGCUACUGGUUGUUUUUCCAAAAAUUGUUGAAAUUUACGGCUUUGGCUAUACAUACUAGUGUGCACAUUCGAAUUUCCGGGUGCGCCGAUUUGCUUUCUUUCUGUUCCAUUAUUUUAUGGCUCGAGAGUCGAAUGGCUUGGAAAAAGGCUGGAAACAUGGGACUCGGGAAUGAUUUUACAUGCG